ACAGAUGUCAGUAAAAGUAUGUCAUCAAGACAGAAGCUGGAGGCACAGGUGACUGAAAAUAAUAUCGUUAAGGAGGAGCUUGCGUUGUUGGAUAGCCAAAAUACAGUUUACAAACUAAUUGGACCAGUUUUGGUCAAACAAGAUCUAGAUGAAGCCAAAGCAACAGUGAGCAAGAGAUUAGAAUACAUCAAUGGUGAAAUUCAGCGCUAUGAAACUUUACUGAAGGAGUUGGAGAGGAAGUCUGAGCAGCAUCGGGAAGUUCUGUCCAGCCUGCAGCAGGAGUACCAGCGCGCUCAGGGUCAGGCUGUUGGGAAGGUCUAAAUGGAUUAUAAUUCUGGACACUAGUCUUAUCCAGCAAAGCUCAGAGACUGAAUAUGCCUGCUAAUAACACAUGCUUGUUCACAUGUCUGUUAACCGAAAUCUGUUGUUUUUUUGUUUGAUGCUAUUAGGUUAUCAUUAAAUUUUGUUUAGAUUAAAUUAUGUUCAGCCUCCUCUUUUUGUGCUUGCAGUUAAUAUGUUUAAAGUUUUAAUUUUCAUAUCAACGGACCCUUUUCACGUGUCUU